AUGGAUGCCAAUGCGAGGAAGCAUCGUGCUACGGUACGCCGUAAUAUACUGUUAACAUCAUUGGAUCGAGCAUUGGAGUUUCUGGAUGAAUACAACGAGGAGCGAGAUAAAUUUGAGGUAGCCCUGCGUUUGGAGGAUCUGACUGAAAUACGACGUGCACUUGAGGAUGUUCAAUCUACGCUGGAGGAACUGGAAACUAGCGAAGAAGGUAUGGGCACGAAUCAAGAGCACAGAUCCUCGUUCGAGAGGCAAUUCUAUAGAAUAAAGGCUGGCCUUAUUUCCAAAUUACCUGUUCCUGUUAUUCCUAACGAUCAGAUACCUCAACCUAUCCUCCCUCGGGGUCCUUCUGCUAUUAGGGGUCUAAAAUUGCCGUCGAUUUCUCUGCCAGAAUUCUCAGGAGACUACCAGGACUGGCGUGUGUUUUUUGACACAUUCCAUGCGCUCAUUCACACAAACCCUGACCUUCCCGACAUUCAAAAGUUUCACUAUCUGAGGGCAUCGGUGAAGGGUGAAGCAGCUCAGCUAAUCGAGUCGGUUGAUAUUAGUGCUGCAGACUAUGCAUCCACUUGGGAUAUGCUAGUAAACCGAUAUUCAAACGAAUAUCUAAUGAAAAAAAGACGUUUACAAGCGUUAUUCGAUAUUCCUCGAAUGGAAUGUGAAACCGCAACUUCGCUCCACAAGAUCGUCGACGUUUUCGAAAGGCAUGUGAAAGGGCUGAAUCAAAUGGGGGAGCCAACUGAUCAAUGGAGCACCAUUUUGGAACAUUUGCUGUGUACACGUUUACAUGAUGACACGCUUAAGGCUUGGGAGGAUCACGCAUCUAUUCUGAGGCAACCUACUUAUAAAAAUCUCGUCGAGUUUCUGCAUCGAAGAAAUCGUGUAUUGGAAUCCAUCUCAGUAAACCACCAGUUUAUCGCAUCGCAACCAGUUGUAUGUUCACAUGUGUCCACUUCAAAAUUCGCCGCUCGAAAUAAUCCGCCAAGCUACGCUUCAAACAAUGUUCUGAAAUGUCAUGCCUGCGAGCAGCGACACCCGCUGUUGAAAUGUUUCAAGUUUUCUAAAAUGUCCCCUGUCGACCGGUUGAACGUUAUCAACUCGAAACGUUUAUGCUUGAACUGCUUUCGUGCAACCCAUUUCGUCCGUGAUUGUCCGUCCCAAGAAAGCUGCAGAGUAUGUGGUAAACGACACCACACUAUGAUUCAUCCUGGUUAUGAUGAGAGUCAACCUCGAUCCAUGUACACUGAUUCAAGAUCAGCCAGAACACCAACACAUGCUUCUGUGAACGUAACCCAGUAUGAAGAAGACCAGGCUGAAACUGUUAUAUCCGCUACGACCACUGUCAGUCAACCGGACGCGUUAUGCUGUGUGUCUUUAAGAGCGAGAGAGAAGAACGUAUGUAUGCCUACCGCAGUGGUAUCGGUGGUCGAUUGUUAUGGAAAGGAACACUUUGCACGCGCAAUUUUGGACAGCGCAUCACAGGCUAAUCUGAUGACGGAAAGAAUGGCUCAACUACUCAGGUUAAGACGGAGCAAAGUAAACAUGCUCGUGAAUGGAGUUGGGGGACAUCCAAAACUGGCAACAGAGUCUGUCACAACACAGAUCCGUUCCAGAAGGAAACAAUUCACAACUAACAUUGACUUUAUUAUUCUCGAGAAAAUUACCCCGAAACUGCCGGCGCAAACCUUUUCCAUUGAAAAUUGGAAGAUUCCCGACGACGUCCUUUUGGCUGACCCUGAAUUCAACCGUAGCAGUGAGGUUGAUUUGCUGAUCAGCAAUGAGCACUUCUUCACAUUUUUCACAUCCUCCGCCAGAAUUGAGUUGUCCAAAUCAUUACCAUUUCUUGUUGACAGUGUUUUUGGGUGGCUCGUGUCCGGUGCCCUAAACGUCGAGCCAGCAGUGAGCAAUGCCAUCUCUUGCAAUAUUACGACGGUCUCAUUGAAUUCGCUUCACGAAAACCUGGAAAAAUUCUGGAAAAUAGAAGAGUUACCUAUCAGAUCGGAUCGAUCGCCCCAUGAGAAAAAAUGUGAGGAGUUUUAUAUCAAAACUGUUUCGAGAAUGCCCGAUGGACGAUACAUAGUCCGCCUUCCACGUCACACAAACUUUGAGACUAUGAUAGGCGAGACAGAAGCGAUUGCUAGAAGACGAUUCGAACUGCUGGAAAGACGACUAGAAAAAUCUCCGGAGCUAAAGGGCGAAUACCAUCGUUUUAUGUCGGAAUAUCUUGCUUUGGGCCAUAUGCGACCUGUUCAAAACAAAGAUUCUGCUCCAAUAGCAUGUUACCUCCCACAUCACCCUGUCGUCAAGGACUCGAGUACAACCACCAAGGUCCGCGUUGUGUUUGAUGCAUCAGUGAAGACAAACUCGGGGUUUAGCUUAAAUGAUGCACUGCUUGUAGGCCCUGUCGUACAAGAUGACCUUCUCUCGAUUAUAUUGCGCUUUCGAACCUACCCUGUCGCCCUCGUCGCGGAUAUAGAGAAAAUGUACCGCCAGGUUAUGAUGCACCCCGAGGAUACCCCUACGCAACGAAUUCUUUGGCGUUUCAGUCCUGAUCAGCCUGUGCAGAUUUAUGAGCUAUUAACCGUUACGUACGGAAUGGCCCCCUCUUCAUUUUUAGCCACACGUACACUUCAACAGCUUUCCAGUGAUGAAGGUAACGCUUACCCCAGGGGCGGGCCGGCAUUGCGAAAAGGUUUUUAUGUUGAUGAUUUUAUUGGAGGCGCAUCAACCAUACAAGAAGCGAUACACAUGCGAGACGAGCUCAUUGAGUUACUGGCGAAAGGAGGAUUCCCCCUGCGAAAAUGGUCAUCAAAUAAGCUACAAGUACUAGAAGAUUUAGCCACCGAUCAGACUGCCGUGCGAGAUUCACAUCGUUUUGAUGCUGACGAAACAGUGAAAACUUUAGGAGUAUGUUGGGAACCAGAAAAGGAUACGCUGCGCUUUGAUACUGAAAUGCAAUUGGGAACUGGAAAGCCAACAAAACGGUCGAUACUUUCCACCAUUUCUCGAUUGUUUGAUCCACUCGGCUUAGUUUCACCUGUUGUUAUCCGUGGUAAAAUGAUUAUUCAACAAUUAUGGUCACUUCCUUGCGGAUGGGAUGAUAAAAUUCCUGAAACUGUAGAGAAAAAUUGGAUGAAAUAUGUUCAGCAGCUCCAAGAGUUGUUUCAGUUUCGCAUAGACCGCUAUGCCUUACUACCAGACGCCAGUAUACAGUUGCAUAUAUUUUCCGAUGCCUCAGAGAAGGCCUACGGUUGCUGCAUUUACGCACGGUCCAUCAAUGCAACUGGCAACAUUCGUGUGGAGCUACUCGCCUCAAAAUCCCGCGUUGCCCCUUUGAAAAGGGUGACGCUUCCUCGCCUUGAGUUAUGCGCAGCAGAUUUAGCUGCCAAGCUUUACAGUUGUGUACGUCAAGCCCUCAACAUCGAUGUGUUUGGAACAUACUUCUGGUCCGAUUCCAUGGUUACCCUUCAGUGGCUUAGAGCACCGCCAAACACAUGGAAAACUUUCGUCGCCAAUCGAGUUUCGGAAAUACAGACAACGACGCAGGGAGCACAAUGGAACCACGUAGCUGGCAAAGAAAAUCCUGCAGAUUUGAUUUCGAGGGGAAUGGAUGUGAGAGAGUUCAUAACCAGUAUACUGUGGAAACACGGAUCAGAUUGGCUAUCUGUACCAGAGGAUCGAUGGCCAAAGUCUCAAAUUCCAGAUUAUCCCGAACAUGGAUCCGAGCGCAGAAGGCAUCAUAUGGUAGCAGUUGUCAGGUCACACCCAGCACACCAUCCCUUUUUUGAACUGUGUUCCAGCUACAGUCGUUUGGUUCACAUUAUCGCAUAUUGCCUCAAGUUCGUGCACAAUGUCAGAUCUAAAGCACGCACACAACCAGGUCCCAUAGUUAGUCUCCCACCCAGCCACAUACUAACCGUAAAGCAAACAGCAGCCGCAAAUGCUCUCCUCGUACGACUGGCCCAGGCAGAUGCCUUUAAAGAAGAGAUUCGCGAUUUAAAAUCCGGCAAACCCCUUUCCAAACAUUCAAACAUACGCUCACUAUGCCCAUUCCUAGACUCAGAAGGUACCAUCCGAGUGGGAGGGAGGCUACGUUUAUCGGAACAGCCAUACAUUUCCAAGCAUCCAGCCCUCCUACCGAACUUCCAUCCCUAUGCUCUCAUGAUUGCCAAGGCCUAUCACCUAAUGUUAAUUCACGGUGGGGGUCGGGCCACGCUUGCUACGAUAAGGCAAACCUACUGGCCCGUCAACGGAAGGAGAUUAGUCCGGAGUGUGCUGCGAAACUGCUUACGUUGUGUUCGAGCCAGUCCUGUUCCAGCAGCUCAACAGAUGGGGCAACUACCAGCUCAUCGUGUCACCGCUAGCAGACCAUUUACCAUUACCGGCGUCGACUUUGCGGGUCCAGUGUACCUGAAACCUCCAUACAAACGUGCAGCCGCGAUUAAGGCGUACAUCUGCAUAUUUAUUUGUUUUUGUACAAAGGCCGUCCAUAUCGAGCUGGUCGGCGAUCUAUCGACUCAAAUGUUUCUUUGUGCACUUCGUCGGUUCAUCGCCCGUCGCGGUCGGCCAAGUGACAUAUACUCCGACAACGGUAAAAACUUUGAAGGAGCAAAAAAUGAACUCGAUGAGAUACGACGAAUGCUUUGGGACAAGCGAAGUGUAAUCGAACAAACCUGUACGAGGGAAUCCAUUACCUGGCACAUGAAUCCACCAAAAGCUCCCCACUUCGGUGGUCUGUGGGAGGCGGCGGUAAAGGUGGCCAAGAAGCAGAUGUAUCGACAACUGGGAAAUACUCGACUCAAUUUCGAGGAUAUGACGACGCUACUUUCACAAAUUGAAGCCAGCAUGAAUUCACGUCCGCUGGUCCCAAUGACGGAAGAUCCAAGCGAUCUAUCAUGCUUAACGCCUGCGCAUUUCCUAAUAGGAGCAAGUCUUCAUGUUCUACCAGAGCCCGAUAUACGGCAUAUAGCUCUAAGGAGAUUAGAUCACUACCAGCACCUGCAACAAUUGAAUCAACAGUUUUGGCAUCAUUGGAGAACGGAAUACUUACAAGAACUACAGCGCACCACGAAAAUGUGUAACCCGAACACCGAUUUUCUACCCGGAAAGAUGGUUGUAAUUGUCGACGAACAUCAAAUUCCAGUUAAGUGGCCGCUUGCAAGAAUCGUCGCGUUGCAUCCAGGAGAAGAUUCCCUCAGCCGUGUUGUGUCGCUCAGAACCAGCAGAGGUAUCGUCAGGCGUCCAAUAACAAAAAUAUGCCUGCUUCCAGUCGAAAAUGCCGAGCAGUCGACGGAGGAAGGACAGUCAACCCACAACCAGUCCAUCGAAGAAGAGGAGACAGCAAGAACCAUGGAGGAACCAACCUCAGAAGAUAAUUUUAUUGUAGCACGUGGAAUGAUGUAA